ACAUCUCUCUGCGUUAUCGCACUGCACUAAUCUGUGUUUUGUUUUUCCCAACAGCGCUGUAAAUGCUGACGGACGCGUGCGCGCGACUGUAAUCGAUUCGCUGUGACAUGUGACCGCGUAACCCGCUCACAUGAGCUUAAAGUUUGUAAAGUCCACCGAUCCGCAGCCCGCUGCUGAGUGCUGACACACGAGCCAUGGCGAGUGGCGACAGCGGACAGACUGUGGUUCUGAUCACCGGCUGCUCCUCUGGGAUCGGACUGCGAAUCGCCGUGCUGCUGGCCCGAGACGACCGGAAGCGUUACCAUGUUAUUGCCACUAUGAGAGACCUGAGAAAGAAAGACCGGCUGGUUGCGGCGGCGGGCGACGCAUACGAAAAGACAUUGACGCUUUUGCCUUUGGAUGUGUGUAGUGAUGACUCUGUCAGACAGUGCGUCAACAGCGUGAAGGACCGACACAUUGACGUUCUCAUUAAUAAUGCCGGAGUGGGUUUGCUGGGCCCUGUGGAGAGCAUCUCUGUCGAUGAAAUGAAGAAAGUAUUCGACACCAACUUCUUCGGUACCGUGCGCAUGAUAAAAGAGGUCAUGCCGGACAUGAAGAAGAGGCGGAGCGGGCACAUCAUCGUCAUGAGCAGCGUGAUGGGCCUGCAGGGUGUGGUUUUCAAUGACGUCUACACAGCCUCCAAGUUUGCCAUAGAGGGCUUCUGUGAGAGCCUGGCAGUGCAGCUGCUGAAGUUUAAUGUGAAACUGUCUCUGAUAGAGCCGGGACCAGUGCACACAGAGUUUGAGACAAAGAUGAUGGAAGACGUGGCCAAGAUGGAAUAUCCUGGAGCAGAUGAGGAAACUGUCCGAUACUUCAAGGAAGUUUACUUGCCAUCCUGUAUUGAUAUCUUUGGGGCAAUGGGCCAAACUCCUGAGGACGUUGCUAAAUGCACGAAGAAAGUCAUCGAGUCCAGUCGACCCCGCUUCCGCAAUCUGACCAACAGCCUCUACACACCCAUCGUGGCCAUGAAGUACGCAGAUGAGACCGGUGGACUUUCAGUGCACACCUUUUACAAUCUACUGUUUAACUUUGGCUCGCUUAUGCACUUUACCAUGAGCAUCCUUAAGUGCCUGACCUGCAGCUGCCUGCGCAGACGCACCGUUUCUCCUGACUGAAGAGGGCAGCAGUGAGACACACUUCCCUUUAGAUAUUGAUGAUACACUCCUAAAAAAUAAAGGUGAUGAAAAGACAAAAAUAUAUAACUUGUGUGCAACAGUGGAACCAUACAGCAAAGAUAUGAAACUUUAUUUUUAAGAGUAGAAUCCUCAGUUCAUCUACAUUUAAAUGAGUUACUGUUAGAGGAAAUGUGACUUUGUUCUAAGUUAUUAUUGUGUGAAUUACAAAACACUGUUGCAUAUGCAAUAAAAACUGCAACAUGCAAUCAAAUAGUAAAUCAAAUAUUUAAUUUUAACAGGCAAGAUUCAACUAAAUGUUCGGUGCAUGUGAUGCUUGUGAUGUGACAAACAAUCUCAUAACUGCCUUUGUAUGUACUAAAGAUUUAAAAAAGAGGUUUAUCGUAACCUUAAAGGAAUAGUUCACCCAAACAUUUAUUAACAAUCUCAAUCUGAUCUCAUAUAUAUAAGUUGAACACAGACAAUUUUAUAGUAAAAUGCUGUCAUGUUAUUUUUUAUAUGUGGCUUUUUGGAGCUCAACCAUAAUGAGAAGAACACAUGACUGCAUAUACAUCUGGGAUAUUUGGGUUAACUAUUCUUUCGAAUGACUUUAUGAAGAUUCUUUCCUUUUAUGUUGUUGUUAACUUGAACAUUUAGGUAGUUAUAAAGCCAUAUUUGAAAAGAUGUAUCCUAAAUAAUAAUGUUAUUUGAUCAGAUUGAUCCGACAUGAAAACAUAUUAAAAUGUAGUAAGAA